GAGUGGAGGUUAUCAUUGAAGGCUGGCUGAAGCCGUCAAAGACGUGGGCCAUAUAUUGCAGCCUACAAUGUCUCGACAUGAUUGAUUCCCAUCCACUCUAGCAAGCGAGUUAAUGUUUUCUUGCAUCGUGUCCAAAAUCCCUUCUCAGAGUUCACACGACUUUCCCAGUUUUCUUCCCUCUCCCUCUCCCUGCCCCAGCAAAGUCCAAAACUUCUUUUAGACACUGGUUUUCACAGUGUUUGUUACUGUUUCUCUGGUAACCACAUGUCCAAGCCACGCGUAUCCAUCAAAGGCUUAACAAAGAAGUUGAAGGAUGAAGAAUGAAGACUACAAAAUGUCCAUCAAAUAUUCUAAUUAACCAAAGUUGAAAGUGACGUGAAUCACAGAACUUCGAUGUUUGAACUUUGAAUUGGGAUUGCCCCGUUCGCCACCUGCAUUCCCCCUCCCCACCCCCAAACAAAACGACGACAUAUCCUGAAGGUCCUCUGUUUCUUCUGCCCCCUGAGUACCCCUGCCACCUCUGCAAACUGCUCAGUUCACCCCGGCCCCCCUCACUCUCGCAGUUGCAUUAUUACGUUCUGCUAUUUCUCUCUCUCUCUGUCUCCUUCACUCCCAUUCCCAUAUCUCCACUAAAAAAACCUUCGCUGUUGGCCUGAAAUCAGCAUGAAAACUCAUCACCACCACCCAAAGCUAAAAACCCACCCACUUUCACUCUUCUCAUGCGGAUUUUUCCGUAAUUGCACUCAAUCCACCCUCAGCCCCACCACCCCCCACUCUCCUUCCCUCCCUCUUUCUUCCUCCCAACCACCACCUUCCUCUCCGCCGCCAUCAUCGACGCCACCUCAUCCUUCACCGCCUCCUCCACCACCAGCGCGACCACCGAAAAACUCAUUCCAGCAACGCCCAGAAUCAUCCUCUUCCUCCUCUUCGUCCUCUGCUUCCCAUAGCUUCACUCAAUGGAAAUUCCCCAUCCCCACUUCCCCGCUCCACCAACACCCAUCUCAACCUACUCCUCAUUUUCAACCACCGCCGCCGUCUCCUCCCCCUCCUCCGCCGCUUUCCUCCGCAAACCUCCAAGAACUCUUCCACAUCGCCGAGCUUCAACUCAGCACCGGUUCACAAUCAGAACAACUCGCUGCCCUCCAGCUUCUAGACCGCUCUCUCGUUCCCAACCCCCCAUCCGACCCGAUUUGCCCGCCUGAAUUGAUGCGCGGGAUCGUUUCGAAUUUAAAAAACGAAGCAGGGGUAAAGCCAGCAACAAAAAUUCUACUAGCGUUAUGUUUGGCGGAAGGCAACCGCCACGUGGCUGUGGAGGCUGGAGCUGUGGGUGCGGUGGUGGAGGUAGUGGCGGAGCUGGAAGGAGCGGCGGCGGAGAGGGCGUUGGCGGCGCUCGAGCUCAUGUGCACGGUGGCGGAAGGAGCAGCUGAGGUGAGGGCCCACGCGCUUGCAAUGCCCGCGAUGGUAUCCGUCAUGGGACGGUUGGCGGGAAGAGGGCGGGAAUAUGCCAUAAGCGUGAUCUCCGUGAUUUACGGAGGCGGUUGCGUUGGAGGUGGCGGUGGGGAAGAACAAGAGGAGGAGAUGGUACCGGCGCCGCCGGAGGAGGUUGCGCGGGCGGUGGUGUUGGCUUUGCAAGGGGAGUGUACAGCUAGGGGCAGGAGAAAAGGGGCCCAGCUCUUGAGGACGCUUCAUGAGUACGGACGGCUAGAUUUAACCCAAGAUGGGAAUGAAGGGUUCUGAUUCGUCCAUGAUUUCGGGGCUGUUUUCAUUUCUCGGGAAUUUACCAGUGUACUUUAGAGUUCACUACUAUUUAAAGUUGGAAAAAAAAUCCAGUGUGGGAAUAGUGCGUUAUUCCCACGUCUAUAGCUGGACGUAAUUAAAAAGUAGAAAAAGUUAGGUGCUCCAAUUUAGAAUAUUAUUGAAAAUUUUCCGGUUCCUUUUAUUCCACCCAUGUCCUCCACCAUCAGAUGUGAAAUUUGUCCAAGUAAUCUUUUUGCUUUGUAUCAAAUGGUAGAGAUUCCAGAGUUUAAUACUCA